GAGGCGUUGGGGGGAGGAAAGAGAGAGAUGGGAAGGAGAAAGCUAAAAAUCCAGAGAUUGGAAAGUGCGAAGGCAAGACAGGCAAAAUAUUCAAAGCGCAAAGCAGGCCUUGUUAAGAAGGCUAAAGAACUUGCUAUACUGUGUGAUGUUGAUCUAGCCCUUUUGUUGUUCUCUCCCACCGACAAGCCAACACUUUUUGUUGGUCAGGACAAGGACUUAAGUACUGUUGUUGAGAGACUCUCUAAAUUGCCUUUGGAAGAGCGUGAAGAAAGGAGGGACUACACCAUGAAGUUGUUGAAUAAAUUUUAUGCAAAUUCUGACUCAGAGGCUUUACCAAGAAACGUCUCCGAAGACAGAAGCAAUGUCCUGAAGUUACAUGAAGAUCAACUGAAGGAGCUGAAGGAAAAGCUUGCUGAGAAGAGCAAGAUAUUGAGGGAUUGGAAAUACCCACAAAAUGUUGAGGACCUAUCGCAAAUAAAAAUUAUGGAGGAGCAUCUCAUUGCAUAUCUCAACGGAGUCAGAAACAGGAAGAGUCAGUUAGCAAUGGAGCAGCAAAAGGGACAAGAAGGUUUAAAGGGGGCUAAGUAGCUUGAAACUUAAAACUACUAUGCAGUGUUUUCAGAUAACCCUGGUGGCCAAUAGGAUACCGGAGAUAUGCAGCAGAGAUGAUAUAAUAAGGAAAAAUAAACCCUGCUUAGAAUGCAGGAACAGCAGUAGAUAAGCCUGGUCCUGGAUAUGUAACAAUACUUCAGGAAAUAACUAGAAGAUUUUACAAAGACUUAUUUUUUCUGCAUCUCGUUUAAUUUUUUUUUCUCUUAUAGUCAUUUAAAAUUGUUCAGACUCCAAAACAAAAUUGAACAUGCAGCUCUGGCCAGAUAUCAAUGUCACCCUGCAUCAUUCAUGUCAGCUCUGCUUGGUUUCUGCCUGGAGUCAGGCGCCAUCAAAAAUUCAAGAUGAGACAUGAGUGAAAGUUCUUGUCAUUUGGCACGUGUAAUCCUGUGGUAAUUAGGCAAAUCUAGAACUGGAACUGUGUCCUUAAUGUGAGCGUCAUUAGUACUUUGUUGAUUUUAGAAAGGAGUGAAGGAUGGUGAGAAUGAUUGCCAUUUUGACCUGACAUUUUACACUGUAAAGUGAAAGUGAAAUCAGCCACUGCAUCUGAAAUUCCGUGACUGCUUCCAAAGUCUGUAGAAACGAAUAAAAUCAAUGAUCAAACCCCAAAAAAAAAAAAAAAGAACAGUAAAAAGAUCAUUAAACUCAAAGCUUACCACUCUUAUAACAGAAGGGAGUUUCAACCAAAUGUAGAUGGCCAGCUCUUCUUUUAAUCUUUUUUAAACAUAAAUACAUAUAAAUCAAAUAAUGAUAAUCCAAACCCAUAUCCAAAUAAGGCCGUGAGUUUGGGCUACUGUAUCCAAAUAAGCGUUACUGAAUACAAGGUAUGCACAACAACUGAGUCAAUGAAGGAUUUUUUAAUUCAUGCAAAAAAGGAAACCACGUGGAGAAUGAAGAGUUGACCCUAAUACAUGGUCUAACUCCAAAGAUCAUGCAAUAUUCUUUGAUUUAUGUUAUUGUAAUAAAAUCACCAAAUCCACUGACUUUGACAUGCAAUAUUCUUCACAGGCCCGGGUUGACUCAGUUGUGCAUGGCUUGUGUUCGUUAACCAUAACGAAUCUGACUUCUUUUUUCACAGAUAUAAAGAACAUAAAAAAGAAAACUAUCUUGAUCCCAGUUUGUGGAAUCUUUUUUACUUUACAGAGCUAUUCAUUUGGUGCGUCUGUCUAUCACCAGAAUCAGUAAAAUGCGGGAAACCCUAGGAGGGUUAACUGAUACAGUUUCCACUUAUGGGGAUGAGGCACACAGCCCAACAAGAGCUUUAAGAUGGUGACAACAGAGCAAAUCAAUUGUGAUCUUUCGGCAUUCAAACGAGUGUAGUGAUUAGGUCCAGGACGGAGGAGUCCAGCUAAGGCUUCUCAGUUCUCAGUGCAUUAUUGCUGGCUCACGCAUAUAAUGAGUUUAUGCAGAGCUGCAAGCACCCAACUCUCCAGAGCCUGAAACUGUAAACCCCACCAGGCCAGAAGCUUUAUUGCCAGAUGCAGAGGUCCCACUUUAGACAAUGCCAAGAUUACUACCAUAAUUUCAUAUGUAGUACAAUAUACAAGCAUGAAUUUGUGGUACUAGCAUCUUUUUUAAAUCUAUUACUACUGAAGUCCCAUCCUUUGUUUCCCUUUUUCUCUAAGCUACAACAAUCGAUACCAAAGUCUUUAUACACAAUUUCCCAUCAAUUAUAUCUUCAAUCAUU